UUCCAGAAAGCUUUCAUGGAUCUUCGCUUUAACAGAAUCAGAGAGAUCCAGCCUGGAGCAUUCAGGAAGCUGAGAAACUUGAACACGUUACUUCUCAACAAUAACCAGAUCAAGAGCAUACCCGGCGGAGCGUUUGAAGACCUGGAGAACUUAAAAUAUCUCUAUCUGUACAAGAAUGAGAUCCAGGCAAUUGACAGGCAAGCAUUUAAGGGACUUGCCUCUCUAGAGCAACUGUAUCUGCACUUUAAUCAGAUAGAAACUCUGGACCCAGAGUCAUUCCAACAUUUGCCAAAGCUGGAAAGACUAUUUUUACAUAACAACCGAAUCACACAUUUGGUUCCAGGAACAUUCGAUCACUUGGAAUCCAUGAAAAGACUGCGACUGGACUCCAACGCACUUCACUGUGACUGUGAAAUCCUGUGGCUGGCGGAUCUGCUGAAAACCUACGCCCAGUCGGGGAACGCGCAGGCGGCGGCCACCUGUGAAUACCCGCGACACAUCCAGGGACGCUCGGUGGCCACGAUCAGCCCCGAAGAGCUGGACUGUGAAAGGCCCCGGAUCACCUCAGAGCCCCAGGAUGCGGACGUCACCUUGGGGAACACUGUGUUCUUCACGUGCAGAGCAGAAGGCAACCCCAAGCCCGAGAUCAUCUGGCUGCGAAAUAACAAUGAGCUGAGCAUGAAGACAGAUUCCCGCCUCAACUUGCUGGAUGACGGGACCUUGAUGAUCCAAAACACGCAGGAGACGGACCAGGGGAUUUACCAGUGCAUGGCCAAAAACGUGGCUGGGCAGGUGAAGACACAGGAGGUCACCCUCAGGUACUUUGGGUCUCCAGCUCGACCCGCUUUUGUAAUCCAGCCACAGAACACGGAGGUGCUGGUCGGGGAGAGUGUCACGCUGGAGUGCAGCGCCACGGGCCACCCCCCGCCGCGGAUCACCUGGACCAGAGGGGACCGCACGCCCCUGCCCGAGGACCCUCGCGUGAGCAUCACCCCGUCUGGCGGCCUCUACAUCCAGAACGUCCUGCAGGGCGACAGCGGAGAGUACACGUGCUUCGCGUCCAACAGUGUGGAGAGCAUCCACGCCACGGCCCUGAUCAUUGUCCAGGCUCUUCCCCAAUUCACCGUGACCCCUGCAGACAGAGCUGUUAUCGAGGGUCAGACAGUCGAUUUCCAGUGUGAGGCCAAGGGCUACCCACAGCCGGUCAUCGCGUGGACGAAAGGAGGAAGCCAGCUGUCUGUGGACAGGCGGCACCUCGUGCUCUCGUCAGGAACGCUCCGGAUCUCAGCUGUCGCGCUGCACGACCAGGGCCAGUACGAGUGCCAGGCCGUCAACAUCAUCGGCUCCCAGAGGGCCGUGGCCCACCUGACCGUGCAGCCCAGAGUCACGCCGGUGUUCGCCAGCAUCCCAAGCGACAUGACGGUGGAGGUGGGCACCAACGUGCAGCUCCCCUGCAGCUCCCAGGGGGAGCCCGAGCCCGUCAUCACCUGGAACAAGGAUGGGGUUCAGGUGACGGAAAGUGGGAAAUUUCACAUUAGCCCCGAGGGGUUCCUGACCAUCCAUGACGUUGGGACUGCGGACGCAGGCCGCUACGAGUGUGUGGCCCGGAACACUAUCGGGCAGGCCUCGGUCAGCAUGGUGCUCAGCGUGAGCGUUCCUGACGUCAGUCGAAAUGGGGACCCGUUUGUGGCCACGUCGAUCGUCGAAGCGAUUGCGACCGUGGACAGAGCCAUCAACUCGACACGCACACACCUGUUCGACAGCCGUCCCCGUUCUCCCAACGACCUGCUGGCCUUGUUCCGGUACCCGCGGGACCCCUACACCGUGGAGCAGGCGCGCGCAGGAGAGAUAUUUGAGCGGACCUUGCAGCUGAUACAGGAGCACGUGCAGCACGGCCUGAUGGUCGACCUCAACGGAACAAGUUACCACUACAAUGACCUCGUGUCUCCCCAGUACCUGAGCGUCAUCGCCAACCUGUCGGGCUGCACGGCACACCGGCGCGUGAACAACUGCUCGGACAUGUGCUUCCACCAGAAGUACCGCACUCACGACGGCACCUGCAACAACCUGCAGCACCCCAUGUGGGGCGCCUCGCUGACCGCCUUCGAGCGCUUGCUGAAAGCCGUGUAUGAGAACGGGUUCAACACCCCGCGGGGCAUCGACGCCGGCCGGCUGUACCACGGGCACGCGCUCCCCAUGCCCCGGCUGGUGUCCACCUCCCUGAUCGGCACGGAGACCAUCACGCCCGACGCGCAGUUCACCCACAUGCUGAUGCAGUGGGGCCAGUUCCUGGACCACGACCUGGACUCCACGGUGGUGGCCCUGAGCCAGGCCCGCUUCUCCGACGGCCAGCACUGCAGCUCCGUGUGCAGCAGCGACCCCCCGUGCUUCUCGGUGGCCGUGCCGCCCAACGACCCCCGGGUCCGGAGCGGGGCACGUUGCAUGUUCUUCGUGCGCUCCAGCCCCGUGUGCGGCAGCGGCAUGACGUCCCUCCUCAUGAACUCCGUGUACCCGCGGGAGCAGAUCAAUCAGCUCACCUCCUACAUCGACGCCUCCAACGUCUAUGGGAGCACGGAGCACGAGGCGCGUGCCAUCCGGGACCUGGCCAGCCACCGGGGGCUUCUGCGCCAGGGCAUCGUGCAGCGGUCGGGGAAGCCGCUGCUGCCCUUCGCCGCUGGACCGCCCACGGAGUGCAUGCGGGACGAGAACGAGAGCCCCAUCCCCUGUUUCCUGGCGGGGGACCACCGCGCCAAUGAGCAGCUGGGCCUUACGAGCAUGCACACGCUCUGGUUCCGCGAGCACAACCGCGUGGCCACCGAGCUGCUGGCGCUGAACCCACACUGGGACGGCGACACCAUCUACCACGAGGCGAGGAAGCUCGUGGGCGCGCAGAUGCAGCACAUCACCUACCAGCACUGGCUGCCCAAGGUGCUGGGCGAGGUCGGCAUGAAGGCGCUGGGCGAGUACCGCGGCUACGACCCGGGCGUCAACGCCGGCAUCGUCAACGCCUUCGCCACGGCCGCCUUCAGGUUUGGCCACACGCUGAUCAACCCCGUGCUCUACCGGCUGGAUGAGAACUUCGAGCCCAUCGCGCAGGGACACGUCCCCCUGCACAAAGCCUUCUUCUCUCCCUUCCGCAUUGUGAACGAGGGUGGCAUCGACCCGCUGCUCAGGGGCCUGUUCGGCGUGGCGGGGAAGAUGCGCGUGCCCUCCCAGCUGCUCAACACGGAGCUCACGGAGCGGCUCUUCUCCAUGGCGCACACGGUGGCCCUGGACCUGGCCGCCAUCAACAUCCAGCGUGGCCGGGACCACGGCAUCCCGCCCUACCACGAAUACCGCGUCUACUGCAACCUGUCGUCUGCCCACACCUUCGAGGACCUCAAGAAUGAGAUCAAGAACCCCGAGAUCCGGGAGAAGCUGAGGCGGUUGUACGGAUCCCCACUCAACAUCGACUUGUUCCCCGCCCUCAUGGUGGAAGACCUGGUCCCCGGCAGCCGACUGGGGCCCACGCUCAUGUGCCUGCUGAGCACGCAGUUCAAACGCUUGAGAGAUGGGGACAGGUUGUGGUAUGAAAACCCGGGGGUGUUCUCCCCGGCGCAGCUGACACAGAUCAAGCAGACGUCCCUGGCCAGAAUCCUGUGUGACAACGCCGACAACAUCACGCGUGUGCAGAGGGACGUGUUCCGUGUGGUGGAGUUCCCCCACGGGUAUGGCAGCUGUGACGAAGUCCCCAGGGUGGACCUGCGCGUGUGGCAGGACUGCUGUGAAGACUGCAGGACCAGGGGACAGUUCAACAUGUUUUCACACCACUUCCGAGGCAGGCGGUCUCUGGGGUUCAGCUACCAGGAGGACGAGCACGCCGGGGAAGUGGGCUCCGGGGGGACACCGAGCAUCGGGAAACACAGAAAGCAUCCGGGCAAUGCCACGGCCCCCUCCCGUGAGCGCCCACAAGUGCCAGGGACAAAUGACUUCAAGGACUUCGUUCUGGAAAUGCAGAAGACCAUCACAGACCUCAGAGAACAGAUAAAGAGGCUGGAGUCCCGGCUCAGCACCGGGGACUGCACGGACGCCGACGGGGAGCCUCACGCCAACGGUGCCAAGUGGAAGCGAGACGCCUGCUCAGUCUGCGAGUGCCGCGACGGGCAGGUCACCUGCUUCGUGGAGGCCUGCCAGCCUGCCAAUUGCCCAGCGCCCGUGAGAGCCCGUGGGGCCUGCUGCCCGGUCUGCCCGAAAGAUGGCACGGGGAAGAAGCCUUAGGCUCGGCGAGGCCUUCGGGGCCCUCCGCGCGUUGUCGAGACCGACGGCCGGCACGGGUCGUGUGGACGGGAGGGACCCCUUCUGUCUCAGUGGAGCGCAGGUGCUUAGACCAGAGCAUUCACAGAGGAGAAACCACGGACACACGUCCUAACUUCAUGUUAGAUUCUCAGGUUUUUUAUUUAAUGUUUUUAAUGAAAUAUUGGUGCUACUAUUAAAUUGCACAAUUAAGUCAUUUAGGCUCCUAAAUUCACUUCCCCGGAUUCCAUACUGUUUCUUCUCGACCAAAAGUGAGUCCCGCUUGGUUCUGACACCUGGAGCUUGCAGACGAGCCCCCGCGGCAAGGGCGCGUCACAGAGCUGCUGGGAGGAUGCACGCCGCAGUGGGAAGGGAAGCUGUGUGUGGCUGAUGGACAGACUCGUAGGAGAGCCGGGGUGACGGUGUGGGCGGUGGGGCCAGCAUCUCGUCCCGGAACGGACGGCCCUGCUGCUCGGGCACCCGCUCGCCUGCGACUCCAGCACCUCGCCGGUGAGAGUGGGAUGAGGCCGCGUGCAAAAAGGCAGGAACAGGUUGGUUUUCACUACGGCUUGCGUGACGCUGCCCAGCGUGGACCAAAUGUGAAGCCCCGUUCCUACUGAAGGCCUGCGUCCCUGCCAGUUGCCCGCAGCACACGCCGGGCUCUGUGUCCAGCCGGAGCGCCGAGGACGUCUUCCUCACGGAGGAGUCAGGUGCUGGGGACUUCCUAAGUUCAGGUUGUGUGAGUGCCUUAAAGAAAUAAAAUCGACCCCUUUACCUCAUUUGUAUUUUCAAAAUGCAUGACGUAUGAAAUUUCGCCCAUGUUUUAGUUGUUAGGAAUAGCAGAGAAAUCACUUCCACUAUGCAAAAGUUAUCUUAGAAUUCAGAGAAAAGCAACUAUCAUACCUCAUGGCCUCUCUCUUCUUAAUCGACCGGAAACCUCCUAUUUUGUUCUAGAUAUAAAGUGAUGUGUGUCCUGAGAAACGUGUCCCCGGACAUGCAAGCUCAGUUAGGCAAGCAUGUAGUUGAGUGCCCACCGCGUGCGGGCGCCGAGCUGAGCACAGACGCAGUGCCCCCCUGCCCCGCCGGGGAGGACCCCCGAGGAACACAGGUGGUCUCAGUAUGUGACAGCGAGUCCAGGGUGGAGCGCUGUGGGGGGGCCGUCACUGUGGUGGCCGGGAGGCAGGUCUCCUGGCGAUCGAGGUUGAGAGCCCAUUCUGGGCCCAGCGCGGGCAUCCUUCCGGAAGCAGGAGACGCCAGGCUCUGUGACCAGGCUGCCACAACCGCGGGGUGGGGUUAACAGUCCAGUCGUGAGAGUGUCCACAGUGGCUUUAAACACGGCCAACUUGACUUCUUGUCCUCGGAUCAUUAAACGGUAGAUACUAAGUUGGUGUCUCGUGGGACACGGGACUUCUGGGAGAUACCAAGUCACAUAAUAACCAAAUCUUAGAAUGGAUUUCUGUCAGUGAGAGAGUAGGUAACCGUGUGUACAGAGUGAUGGGUAUGGAAGUUGCUCAGGUAUGAGAUGACUGCACACCCACGUUCCGAGCAUGUCUGGAGGUGGCCGUGUGGCUUGGACUGUGUUCUCUUGGCGGGAGGGAGGCUGUCUGUGACUCACAAUGAAGGUCUGUAACUGCAGUGGAACGUCGCGGGGCCCCCAGUUUCAUCUCACACGCGGUGUCUGAGCUGCGGGCAGGGCCCAGAGGGACCCUUGGCGGCCGCUGCAGGGGGAUCGCGGCCACGCAACACGAGUGUCCAUAUUUAUUUACUUUCUAACUGUUGUAAACAGCCACGUGCCUUUCUGUGUUCAUUGUAAUCAGUUCAUUACCAAAGAAGCGUUUGCACUAUGUAACGAUGCCGUCAGUUCAAAUAAAUGGGCCACGUUUU